GAGGACUCAACUACAAUGGGAUUCUGCCAACUCUUCACAUCUCUGCUGCUGUCUAUUUGUGCAGUGCAUUUUCGUUCAGCUUCGGCUUGGUCGGUCAACAAUUUCCUCAUGACAGGACCAAAGGCCUAUUUGACCUAUGCGAACAGCGUUCAGACUGGCGCACAGCGUGGAAUACAGGAAUGCAAAUAUCAGUUUGCUUUGGACAGGUGGAACUGCCCGGAGAGCGCGCUCCAGUUAUCCACUCAUAGCGGACUUCACAGUGCCACGAGAGAAACGUCUUUCGUCCACGCCAUCGGUGCAGCGGGAGUUAUGUACACACUGAUCAAGAACUGCAGCAUGGGAGACUUUGAUAACUGCGGCUGUGACGACUCGAAGACUGGCAAGAUGGGUGGAAAAGGGUGGAUUUGGGGCGGCUGCAGUGACAAUGUGGAGUUUGGAGAGAAGAUCUCCAAACGAUUCGUUGACGCUCUAGAGAAUGGCCACGACUCACGCGCUGCUGUCAACCUGCACAACAACGAGGCCGGAAGACUGGCCAUCAAAGCGACGAUGAAGAGAACUUGUAAGUGUCAUGGCGUGUCUGGAAGCUGCAGCAUCCAAACCUGCUGGAUGCAGUUGUCUGACUUCAGAGACAUCGGCAACUACAUGAAAGUCAAGCAUGACCAGGCGCAGAAACUCGAAAUGGACAAGAGGCGGGUCAAAGCUGGGAACACUGCUGACAACAGAGGGGCCGGCGCUUUCAGCAGCAUCUCCCCUUCGGAGCUCAUCUACUUGGAGGAUUCCCCAAACUACUGCAUCAAGAACCAGAGCCUGGGCCUGCAGGGAACCGAGGGCCGUGAGUGUUUGCAUGGAGGCAAGGACCUUUCCCAGUGGGAGACAAUGAGCUGCCGCAGACUGUGCCACGAAUGCGGCCUGAGAGUGGAGGAGAGACGCAUCGAGGUGGUCAGCAGCUGUAACUGUAAAUUUCACUGGUGCUGCACGGUGAAGUGUGAGAGGUGCACGCAGGUGGUGACCAAAUACUACUGUGCGCGCAGGAAGAGAGGGCGCAAGCCACAUAACAAAACCAAGCAAAGGCACCGCGCACGUGUUUCCACGGCGAACAUUGCCUAAUAUCCUGACUUUAACGUGUGUUAUUUAAGUAUUAAAUAUUUUAGAAUGAUUUAUGUUAUUCCUGAAUCAGGAAUAUUAUCAGUUUUUACCAACAAUCUUGUUAUCAUGUUACCUUUGUUCACUAUUCACCUAA